AUACAAUUUCUCCUAAAUUUUAGAUAUUCUAAUUUUACAACCAUAUUAUAAAUAUUUCAAUUAAAAUAUUUUAAGUUUAGAAUAAUCGACAAUCGUAAAUGGCAGAACAGAGUUAACCAAAAUAGAGCAACUCAAUCGCCGCCUCGCCGGUUUGAAGCUGAACUGUGCACCUCGGCUUCUUUUUUGUCCUUUUUCACCUCCGCAAUUCUAGGGUUUCAGAGCUUCACAUUUUUCUGUCCAAAUUCUGUUGCAAUUACUCGAUACAUUCCUUUGAGGCGGUGACCGCGCGGAAUCGAGAAACAUCUAGACUCUCGUGUGAUAAUACGAGAACCUUGCCUUUCUGAGUAAAAAUUAACGUCUAUAAUAAUGCUUCUGGACAAGAAUGUCAUUCAUGAAACGCAUUAUAAGGUUCUCAAUGUCAAGGAAGAUUCAAGUUAUGAAGAAAUCCGUGCUAGUUACCGCUCCGCCAUACUCAGUUUGCAUCCUGAUAAGCUAUUGAAAUCUUCUGAUGCAUCCGGCAGCAAUCAAACUAGUGGAGAUAGAUUUCUCAAAGUUCAAAAGGCGUGGGAAGUUCUUGGCGAUUCAAGCUCUCGUUUAUUUUAUGAUAGUGAGCUUCGGAGUUCAAGGCGUGAUGUCUCAACUGUUGAUGUUGCAGAAGAUUUAAGCUUAGAGGAUAUGAUGGCUGAAGAUGACGGAGAAGCAUUGGAACUGUUUUAUCAGUGCAGAUGUGGAGAUUACUUCUCUAUAGACUCAUUGGAAUUGCAGAAAAUGGGGUAUUCCUUGUUGAGGGAUGAAAGUAGAAUAUCUAUAUUGAACAAUGAUUCUUUGCCAGGAUCAGUAAUUCUUCCCUGUGGAUCAUGUUCUCUAAAAGCUCGUCUGGUAAUCAAUAUGGAUGAACAUUGAAAUUAUUUACAUAUUUUUUUGUGGUAAUGACAAUUAUUGAGAAUUUGAAGUUAUUAACAUUUUUUAUAUGAAGAUAGCAAACGAAUAAUAUCUCCUCCUUGGAUAAAAAUUCCUAUGGCAAAAACUUGUGUGCCAUUUGAAAUGUAGAAUUUGGAAUUAUAUGAAG